UAAACACCUAAAACAGUUUGAGUUAAAUAUAUUUCACCACAUGAUCCACAUCUGCUGGUAUAGUUGUGUGCAUUGAGACAGCAUCAAAAUGCGCAAAUAAGGCCAGAUACCGGAUGGCACUUUGUGAACGCAAGCAUUUUCAUCAUCUAUAUAAACUUGGAUGCCACAAGUAUCAUAGUCGCAUACACCCAUACCAUCAUACAGCAAGCUAAAAUGAAGUUUACAUUGACCGGAUGUUUGGUGUUGAUAGCAUCUACACGAGCAGCGCCUGUCGCUGAUCGUGCGCGCAGGCAAGAAAUAGACUUUGAAACUGUCACGGCCGUCUCACAGCAAGUUUCGACCAAUAAUGUCGUCGCCACCCAGGUGGUCCAGGAAAUUCUAACUGAUACAGUUAUCGCAACUGAGGUUCUUGUUGCCAAUAGAACAGAAUUCGAUACUUUCACAGAAGAAGUGACUGAAAUGAAUCUCGAAACGGACGUUGUAACGGUUGAAGAUGUUGUUACGAAUGUGCUAGCGGAGGAUCUCACGGUGACCAAUGUGGUGAAUGAAGCGGCCACUAAUGUAAUCGAGGAGGAUCUUACGGUAACAAACGUGGUAAGCGAAGAGGUUACGAAAACUAACGUGGUCGAGCUCACUGUCACGGAAUUUGACUUGCUGAAAAACACUCUCGUCCGCACUGAAUUGGUCACGGAGACCGUCAAUGUUUUAGAGACUGAGGUGGUUGUUGUUGAACAGGUAGUGGUCGUGGAAGACGUCCAGACUGUUAUCGAGAAGGCGACUGUGACCGAGGAUGUCACAGUUGAGAAUACCGUUAAUGUCGAGGUGGAGGAGACAGACACAAACAUAGUUCAACAGGAAUUAACUGUGACGUUCAUCGAGCAGGAGACAGAGAAUGUGGUUGUGGAGAAUGUUGUGGAGGUGGAUGUAGCUGUAACAGACACUAACAUUGUUUCGGAGGAACUAACUGUGACAUUUAUCGAGCAGGAGACAGACACAAACAUAGUUCAGGAGGAAUUAACUGUGACAUUCAUUGAGCAGGAGACAGAGAAUGUGGUUGUGGAGAAUGUUGUGGAGGUGGAUGUAGUUGAGACGGACACAAAUAUAGUUCAGGAGGAAUUAACCGUGACAUUCAUCGAGCAGGAGACAGACACAAACAUAGUUCAGGAGGAAUUAACCAUGACAUUUUUUGAACAAGAGACAGAUAAUGUGGUUGUGGAGAAUGUUGUGGUAGAGGAUGUAGUUGAGACGGACACAAACAUAGUUCAGGAGGAAUUAACCGUGACAUUCAUCGACCAGGAGACAGACACGAACAUAGUUCAGGAGGAGUUAACCGUGACAUUCAUUGAGCAGCAGACCGAGAAUGCUGUCGUGGAGAAUGUUGUGGAGGUGGAUGUAGCUGUUACAGAUACAAACAUUGUUUCGGAGGAGCUAACCGUGACGUUUAUCGACCAAGAGACUGUUAUUGAGCAAGUUAGUUUAGAUCAGCAAUUAGUCACAGAGGUUAACACACUUGUUCAAACUCAAGUGGGCACUAACAUUGUGCAGGCAACUCCGGAUGCACGUAAGUAA